AUGGAAUAUAGUUGCCAGUACUCUGAUCAAGUACGCAAGAAACACAAGACGUGGCACGAUGGGUCUAUAAAGUUCAUCAAAUCGACAAAGCGAUUAACCCUAUAUUCGCUUGACCAAAGGAAACAAUCGCUUAGCAGUACUUUUAUGACGAACAGCAGAGAUCUGGAAAAAGUGUUGGAUCCGCGAGGUUUUGACGUAGAAGAACAUCGAGUGUUUGGUCGCUAUGUUGUGAUCAUAAGUGGGAUUCUACGUAAUUCCGAGUCGGGAGGACAUCAUCGAACGAGUGGAGAUCCAUUAGCGCUUAGGAUGAAACCUUUCAAAGCACCUAGAACUGUGGCGAACAGACCCCUUGUGCGACAUCGAGUAGUAAUCUCGCAACCCGUGGGCGGUAGAAGUAGACGCAUACGACGCGUUUGUCAUCAACCAAUUAUGCUAUAG